AGCUCGGCAAGCUUCCUUCUCGCUGCCGCCGCCGCCGCCACUGCUCGCCGCGGACCCAGGGGCAAAGGAUGGGGACACGCAGGGUGCGGGAGGCGGCUGGGCUCUGAGGCUUGUCAAGGCUCAGCGCACGCACGCACACAGGCGCAGUCUGGAGAAAAAAAAAAAACAAAAAAACAAAAACAACCCAAACCCAGGCAUUUGCUCUCACCUGUCUCCAAAACCAAAGCAAAACCUCGCGGCCAAGCCUGCUGCCAGCAUCGCGGAACAGAAGGCACCAAAGCCAGCGCUUAACCUAAGGGGAAGAAAUCCAGUUUACAACUUUUCUCGAAGAAAACGAGAAGGCGCGAGGAAGAAAAAGAGAAAUUAAAAAGAGAAAAUAGAAAGAGACAUCGAGGAAGAUUUGAUUUUUGGAUUUGGCACCAAACUUUGGGAAAGUUUAUUAUUAUUACUCUUGUUAUUACUCCGUGCAUUUUUUUUUUCCCCCUAAGAACAUUGAGGCGUCGCUACCCGUCCGCAAAAGCUUUUCUCCUUAAACACGCAUGCAUUUGCAAAAGGAAGAAGACCGAGAGGAGCAAUAGCAUGCGGACCACCUGGUAGAGGAGCAGCCACCGAGGCACCGCCGGCGGCACGGGGGGACGCGGACCCUUGGAUGCCCGUCACCCGGAGGGACCGCGGCUUGUCCCCAGCCGCCUUAUGAGAUAGCAAAGUGGCCGAGGAGCCACCGAGACCCUCCUCAGCCCCCUCGCCCCUCUUCGCAGAGCUCCCGCAGCGCCGAGGGGCGAUGGGGACGCGCGGAGCCUGAGGCCGGGCCGCCGCGGGGGGCUGUCAGCUUCCAGCGCUUCCCUGCCUGCCGGGGCUCUCCGUCCAUGUGCCCGCAGCCGGCGGGGCCUGAAGCCGGGAUGAAUUUCGGCGUGCUCUUGGCGUUCGUCCUCUCCCUGCCCCUGGCCCGCCUGGAGGGGGACCCCAUACCCGAAGACAUUUAUGAGAUUUUGGGUGACAGCUCAGUGCGCUCCAUCAGCGACCUCCAGCGUGCCCUGCGGAUAGACUCCGUAGAGGAGGAUAGCUCCAGCCUGGACCUGAAUGCAACUCAUCCCGGUCCAAACCCCGCGUCCCUGGCUCGAGGGAGACGAAGCCUGGAUGCUCUGGCAGCGGCAGAGCCAGCUGUCCUCGCGGAGUGCAAGACGCGGGCGGUGGUCUUCGAAAUCUCCCGCACCAUGGUGGACAGCACCAACGCCAACUUCGUGGUGUGGCCGCCCUGCGUGGAGGUGCAGCGCUGCUCCGGCUGCUGCAACAACCGCAACGUGCAGUGUCGCCCCAUGCAGAUCCGCGUCCGGCACGUCCAGGUGAACAAGAUCGAAUUUGUCCAGAAGAAGCCAAAAUUCAAAAAAGUCGUCGUGCCUUUGGAGGAUCACGUGCAGUGCCGGUGUGAAGCGGUGUCCCGCCCGCCCCCCAGGAGCAGCCGGCCAGCGCCACGUGAGCAGAAACGCUUGUCACCGUCGUUCACCACAGCCGCUGUCUCGCAGAGGAAGCGGGUACGCCGGCCGCCAGCACAGAAGAGAAAACAUAAGAAGUACAAGCAUGUCAACGAUAAGAAAGUGCUGAAAGAAAUCCUCGUAGCAUAGAAGUGCUGGCAGGGGAGAGAGAGCACAAAGCAGGUUUAUUUAAUAUAUUUGCUGUAUUGCCCCCAUGGGGUCCUUGGAGUGAUAACUUUUCCUCUUUGUCCGUCUGCCUCAACGACUGAUUCAGGCGGCAAAUGGUGCUUCCCUUUCCAUCAGUGGACCUUCUCCCACCAAAGCCUCUCCCUCCUUUCAUUUAUUAACGAUAUAAAUUUUUAG